UCUAAUCUGUAUGAAGUGAUCAUGUCCGCGGUCAUAGGUUGUGUUGAGUACAGUACUUCAGCUGACGGCUUCUAUGUAGUCAAGAUGGCUUCCGCGGAACAGGUCGGGCUGAACAAAACUUGGGAAUUAUCGCUAUAUGAGCUUCAUCGUACUCCUCAGGAUGCAAUCACCGAUAAUACCGAGAUCGCGGUUAGCCCACGGAGUUUACAUAGUGAACUCAUGUGUCCAAUUUGCUUGGACAUGCUUAAAAAGACUAUGACCACGAAGGAGUGUCUGCAUCGUUUCUGUUCCGAUUGUAUCAUUACGGCACUUCGAAGCGGUAAUAAGGAAUGCCCGACAUGCAGAAAAAAAUUGGUGUCCAAGAGAUCCCUCAGACCGGAUCCCAAUUUUGACUUAUUGAUUUCUAAGAUAUAUCCAAGUCGUGACGAAUACGAGGCGCAUCAGGAAAGAGUCCUAGCAAAAUUGAACAAAUCACAUUCGCAGGCUGCUCUAGUAAAUUCUAUUACAGAGGGGAUUAAGUUACAGAGUCAGAAUCGUCCCCAGCGGUCUCGGAAAAAUGCAAACGAGUCUGAAAAUGCAAGCAAUGCGACUCCUUAUAAUAAUUCUCAGAAUGCCAGUGCGCCAGCCACACCGAAUGCAGCAAAUUCUGCAAAUCAAAGCGAUUCUUCUCAGAGCACAACAGGACCUUUGAAUAAUAGUAGUGGGGGUAAUUCUCAAAAUUCCAAUAGCGUAUCCCAACCUGCCAGCAGUCCAGCUGUUUCUGGUAACAUCGUUAAGCAAGAGAGUAGUUCGACAACCAUAUCCGAUGCGAAUGAAAUUGAUCGUUUCUAUGCUUCAGGCACAACAUCCAGAAACUCUACUACUCCAUCGCCAAAUCCAGCAAAUCAAAUUCCUAAACCGCCUAAACGGCAGAAAAGUUUACAGAAUUCAGAGAAUGACUCGUCUAGUGCAGAAGCUGAGACCGGUGGUGGUGAUUCCAUGGUAGAUACAGAAGGCGAAGGUCCUAGUGAACCAUUGAUGCUUAACGAAAUCGAACUCGUUUUUAAACCACAUCCCACAGAAAUGGCUGAUGACAAUUCGUUGAUCAAGGCAUUGAAAGAAAAUAGCAUUAGAUAUAUUAAGACCACAGCAAACGCGACAGUGGAUCAUCUAAGUAAAUACUUGGCUAUGAGAUUAACGUUGGAUCUGGAUACGGAAUUAUCGGAGUCGGAUAGGUUAUUAAAUUUCUGUAUCUAUAUAGCGCCUUCUCCUGGGCAGCUAGUCGUGCUCAGUGGAUCUCAGACGUUGCGGCAAGUCAACGAUAAAUUCUGGCGUGUCAAUCGACCUCUGGAAAUGUAUUACUCAUGGAAAAAGACCUAGGGAAGGCCUCGAAAAUAUCAAUCCGACGGGAGCUAGUCGUGUUAAGCUCCUCUAUUAAAAAGAGUUCGUACUACGUGGAGUACAGAGCAACGAUUGCACUGUUUAUAUCAGAAACGACCGAUAUAUUUUACUGUACUUCAAUAGCCUUGACGUUAUUUUCAAGGACGGGGAAACGUGCGGGAAAGGAAUUUCUCGUAUUUAUCGACAGUGGUGCAAUUUUUUAUCUUCUUCGGUACUGGUUACUAGGGUUUUCUCUCUCGGGAAACCAUUGAAACGGAUAGAUUUUUAAUUAAAGCUUCGCGCACGGCAAUUGAUUCCAAAGGAAUAGAGUUUAGUCUCGGAUACAAGAUAAACUGCCAUUCACCAGACAUUGCAUUAAGAAUGGAUCGAUGAAAUUCAUUCGGGAAAAUACGUGUCGCCGAACUGUGACUUACUCGCGUGUAGUAUUUAUCAGACUAUGCCCUCUUUCGACAGGUGUAAGUUAAUCCGGUGUGUCCAGUCAUAUAUAUAUUUCCACAAACCGAUGGCCUCAAUGGUUGAACUAACUUAUUUCGAUAAGCUCCGAUUCCCUGUGGACCACUCUGUAUAGUUUUACGCAGAAAUAAAUCAAUGUAUAUACUGACUUGCCACGAAAACUGUUGAAAUAAUUGAUUAACGAGUUCCUCUUAUCGAUAGUUUCUUUUCGAAAAGGAACACUUUUUCCAUUUACGUUAUUCGUCGUGAUUUAUUGACUUUCUUUCACCACCUCCAUUUUCCUCAAAGUGCUCUUUCAUACAAGAAUCUAAUUUUCGAUUACGUCGAAGAUAUACGAAAAGCGUCUUUGGCGUGGUAGACAGAGUAAUCGAUAAGAGCCGACCCCAUCCUGCGCCCUCUUGCAUUUCCACUGAACCGAAAACAAUGAGAACUCCACCUUCGAUGAUGCCACCCUCUUUUAGUAAACGGGAAACCACAUUAAAUCUUUGGUACGUUGUGUUGUACA